AUGAGCCUCGACGAGUGGGUCACGCCCACAGUAGACCCAGAGGUCCGCGCAUUCGUGUACAGUAUCGUCUCUGCUAUCGGAGGCACCAGCGCGGACGAAGAUGGCACAUACGUGUUGGGAGAUGAUGCGCUUGCAUGCUUGAAGGAUGUUAGGAGAUGGAUUAAGGGAUUCGAUCAGAAGCAGAACAGAUUCGACGUCCAACGAUGUCUGGCAGAAGCGAACUUCGCGAAGGGGGAUCUUCUAGAGAUCAUGGCUAAAUGGCCGGAAAACUCAAUGGAGGAUCCGCUAAAGUACAAGGUGCUUCUGGCAUGCCUGGAGCUUCUCGGACUAUUAACUUGGCCGGUGGAGGUCGAAGAGACGCAGAUGAGGGUACACCACCAUCGCCAUUUACCAUACCUCCACUUAGCACAGGCGGGAUACAAGAGAGACAUCCUCCACCACGACAGGGCGAAUGUCCUCGAGAGAGCAGUCCGCCUGGCGCUCCCCGCCAUGGCCGUACCAAGAAAAGAACGGGAACCGCGCGACGACGGUGUCAUUCGAAUCGCCCUCUACUUUAUUCGCAACGUUGCCAUGAUAUCGGUUCCUGCCAACGCCGCCUACGAUGGAGAUGAAGCGGAGAUCUCUCGUUCUGCAACAAUCAGCACGUUUCACGCACAAAACGUCUUCCAGCUACUCCUGACUGUAGCAUCCAGCAUGGGCGACGAGUUCGUAGAGCAAGACGUCAUCCUCCUCGAAAUCCUGUUCCACCUGUUGAAGGGCGUGGAUGUAGAAAGAUUGUUCAUGGAGGAAGAAGCGCGGACAAAGGCAAACACUCAAGACCUGCGGGAGCUGAUGCAAAAGGAGAAGGCCAUGCUGUCAGGCUACGCGCGGCAUGCACCGACAAGGCACAAUCGGUUCGGCACCAUGAUCUGGGUUAAGCGAGCGGACGAGAGAGUAUCAACCGUCUCAGGUCAGACAUUUCUGGGUAAAGAUCAGAAAAUCAUGGAGCAAAUGGAUGGGUCGAAGAAAUGGAACAAACCCAGGUUGAGAAACCGCAAUGUAGAAGAGGACGAGCGGAAAGACUUUGAUAUAAAAGUCCACCUGGACGCACCGGCCCGCAAGCAGCUUCGGUCCUUCGUCGAGGAAUUUCUAGACUCAUCGUUCAACCCGCUAUUCACCCAUCUCCGGAGAGCUAUCGAGCGAGAAGCCCAUCGUGUAGAAGGGGUACACUCGAUGCAAUAUUUCUAUCUCAUCUCCUGGUUUCUCCAAGCAGAGUGCGCUCGAAGACGUCAAAUCCAGAAGAACGCCGCCUCCAGACAAGCCUCAACACCAGCGAAUUCCGACGACGAGAGUUUUGCCCUAAUUGCUGGUGUGAUGGACCAGGAAACCUUUGUCCUCCUCAACCGCUUCAUGCAAAGCAGCCAAGACGACAAGUCGUGGCAAGACCUCAACGCCGGCAUGAAGUGCUUCACGCAAAUCCUGCUCUCCGUGCAAGAAAUGUCCGAGUCCAGUGUUGAAGAUGAUCAAGACAUUGCAGAGAACAUCCAGAACCGCAUCUUCUACGAAGAAACGACGCAUGAUCGCAUCCUGUAUAUCCUGCGGAACUACAAAGAUCAAGGGUUUGGCUACCUCGACGCGUGCACCGAACUGUCUCACGUGUUCCUGCGCAUGCUGGAGAGGUACUCAAAGCAGAACGUCGACCUACAAGUCCGUUCUCGACGACGCGCACGCAGGAAGAAGAACGCUGAUGCGCAAGCUAACGGAGAGGCAAAUGCUGAUGAAGAGCAUGCGGAAGAGGCAGAAGAAGUAGCGGACGUGCAGAGGACGUCCACAGAGCGCAAGUUUGACUUCGCCCGGUUCUCCUCCAAGUUCUCGACACAGGCUUGCGUGAACACCUUCGUAGCGUUCACGAAGUACUAUCGUGAUUUAAGCAAUGAUCAGCUCAAGCGCGCACACCGUUUCUUCUACCGUGUCGCCUUCAAGCAAGACCUCGCGAUGAUCCUCUACCGAGUGGAUAUCCUACACCUCUUCAACAAGAUGAUCAAGGGGCCCGAGGGGUUGAGCACAGAGAUGUCAAUCUUCCAGGACUGGCAGGAGCUCGUGCGGCAGCUGUUCAGAAAAGUCACCAAGAAGGUGCAGGAAAGACCGGAGCUGAUGGUCGAGAUGCUCUUCAGCAAGAUCCCUAACACGAUGUUCUACCUCGAGCAUGGGUACGAGAGGGAGCUACAAACAAGGACGCCGCGAGCACCUGCCGAGCUAGAAGUUAAGCCGGGCAUGGAGAGGAAAGACCAAAUCGGCGUCGCCGUCUCCGUUCUCGUCAACCAAAACAAGAGCGACGCGCUCGCCUGGAUCAAGAACAUCCUUACCUCAGCAGUAGACGAGCGUCAGGCCUGGGAAGCAGAAGCCGAAGCGCGAAAAGCCACAUCCUCAGCCCUCGAACCUCCUAACGCGCCCGAGUCUCCUACCGAGCAGGCCGCAGCCCCCAACCCCCCCUCCAUCCUCCUCAAACCCGAUACUGAAGCCCGCCGCACCGCCCUCUUCAAAGACAACAAACUGCGCCUCCUCCUCACCCUCCUCGGUUUCGAGCGGCUCGGCCUCGACGACGACCCCGCCGCCUCCUGGAUCAUUCCCUCGGACCUUACCGCCGCGACGCUGACAGAGAACCUCGACCUGAUCCGCAGAUUCGAAUUCGACCCCCCCGUCUACGAGGACGGCAAAUCUGCUGAAGACUUCCUACGCAGCAAAGCGGCUGCUGCGCGACGACGUGCUGCGUACGAUGACGACAGCGACGGCGAUGGCGCGUCGGCCGGGGAGGAGGAGAUCCUGUUCCCCGCUGGUGGUCCGACGAACAGACGGUCAGAGGCGCUGGAGGCGUUGAAGAGCAAACGGCGCCGACUACGGCAUAAGGGUGACGAGGAGCCAGAUGAGGCGGAGAAGGAGCGACGGGCUGAGGCGAGGCGGAAAGCGGACGAGGAGAAGAGGAGGAAGAUUAAGAGUGAGCUUAUGGUGCACGAGUCUGAUGACGAGACGGAUGAGGAACGGGAUAAGGAGUUCUUUGCUAAGGAAGAGGAGAGGAGGAGGAAUGCUGGAAGGAGUAUCCUUAAGGCGCUUUCUUCGGGAAAGACGGGUGAGGAGGUCUUGGGGAAGAGGAAGAGGAAGGCGAGGAGGGAGGUGGAGAAGGGGAGUAGGAAGAAGAAGCAGCACAAGAGCCUGUUCUCGGACCCCGAAGACAGUGAUGAAACAGGUGGGAGAAGCGCAUCCGCAGCGCCCAGCGCGGCUUCCUCCCCAGAGCCCGCAACACGAAUUGAAUCAGACAGCGAUGAAGACGCUGAGAUGACUGACACGCCAGUCUCGUCCCAGCAGCCUGCGCCGACGCGGGCUGGUCGACGCGAUUCCCCUGCCGGGCUGUCAAGGGAGCCGCUGGCGGCCAAAUCCGCAAAUGUGGAUGUCGUUGUACCGGAUGCUGAUUCUGAAGAUUCUGAAGAUGUACCGAUCCAGAAGCCGGUGGUGAGGAGGAAUGUGAGAGCGGGCUUUGUCAUUGAUAGCGAUUCCGAAUGA